CGUCCCUUCCCUGCAAAGUGUAGGAGUGAGCCGCAGAAUCUCUCGCUCUAGAGAGUAGAGAGAGAGUUUAUAGGAACAAAUGCGAAGGAUAAAGAAAGGAACAAAUCAACAGAAAAGACACAGCAUCCUUUCCCUCUCACUCUUUCAAUCUUCCUCAAAUUUUGUUCCUAAACACCACCGUUGUAUUACCCUCUCGCGUUGCCGACUUCGUUUGCUUCUGGGUCUUUUCGAUUUGACCCGUUUUCUCCCUUUCGCAUAUGGGUUUUUCCUGGUAAGAUUAUUUGUUCCGUGAUUGAGGACUAUCUUCGAGGCCAUGUCUCUGAAGAGCAGAGGAGAGCAGCCUGCGAGAAGCGUUGUAUCCCGAAAAUGGACCAUUUUUCUUUGCAUUGGCUGUUUCUCUACUGGAAUGCUCUUCACCAGCAGAAUAUGGAUAGUACCUGAGUCUAGAACUCUUACAAGGACGACUGCAACUGAAGCUGAAAAACUAAAGUUGGUUUCAGAGGGUUGUGAUUCAAAAGCUUUGGCACAGAAAAUUGUGAGGCGUGAUUCUAAGGACCUUCUUGGGGAAGUAUCUAAGACUCACAAGGCUAUACAAACACUGGAUAAAACUAUUUCAAAUUUAGAGAUGGAAUUAGCUGCUGCUCGGGCUGCCCAGGAGUCUCUUCUCAGUGGCUCUCCUCUAUCAGAAGACAUGAAGAAAAGCGAGACACCUGGGAGAAGAAGAUAUUUUAUGGUUGUUGGAAUUAAUACUGCUUUUAGCAGCCGGAAAAGAAGAGAUUCAGUUCGUGCUACAUGGAUGCCACAAGGUGAAAGAAGAAGGAAAUUGGAGGAAGAGAAGGGUGUCAUUAUGCGCUUUGUAAUUGGUCAUGGUGCCACGGUUGGAGGUAUAUUGGACAGAGCCAUUGAAGCAGAGGACAAAAAGCAUGGCGAUUUCUUAAGGCUGGAUCAUGUUGAGGGCUACCUUGAACUGUCUGCCAAGACAAAGAUAUAUUUUGCUACUGCUGUCACUUUAUGGGAUGCAGAUUUUUAUGUUAAAGUAGACGACGAUGUUCACGUUAAUAUAGCAACACUGGGAGAAACUUUGGCACGAUACCGGAAAAAGCCACGGGUUUACAUUGGUUGUAUGAAAUCCGGUCCCGUCCUUGCUCAAAAGGGAGUGAGGUACCACGAACCGGAGUACUGGAAAUUUGGGGAGACGGGAAACAAGUAUUUCCGUCAUGCCACAGGACAACUAUAUGCCGUUUCCAAAGAUUUGGCUACUUAUAUCUCAGUAAACAAGCACGUGUUGCACAAGUAUGCUAACGAGGAUGUUUCACUCGGAUCUUGGUUCAUAGGCCUUGAUGUGCAGCAUGUAGAUGAUAGGAGACUAUGCUGCGGCACUCCACCUGAUUGUGAAUGGAAGGCCCAGGCAGGCAACAUCUGCGUUGCUUCUUUUGAUUGGACCUGCAGCGGUAUUUGCCGGUCGGUGGAGCGAAUCAAGGAAGUCCAUCGGCGGUGCGGCGAAGGGGAGAACGCCGUGUGGAGCGCUGCCUUUUGAGGAUCAACCCGCAGCCCUUUCAAUCUCAGGAAGGAUCAUAGGUCUAGCAGAUUAUACGAUUUUUCUGUUUUAACACCAGUAUAGGAAAUCGACAUUAUCACAGGCCGAAACACAGAGAGAGAGAGAGAGAGAGAGGCCUUGCUGUGCAACCUCUUCUUCAUUUUAGUGGAAGAGCGAGCCGGGUUGUUGGAAAAGCUAGCCUCUCUCUUGGAGGGCCCAUUUGUAAGUCGGGCUUUGAGUUCUUCUUAUGCCCUUCCCCUUCACAAAUUUGUAAACCCCUCUCUUGCGGUUGCAAGAAUCAUAGUUAAAGUGAUUAAAACUACUCCCUUCAAUGAUCCAUUUCCAAGUUUUACUA